UUGUCAAACGAUGAAAUUUAAGAUGGCGAUCGCGUGUAAAUUUACUCAAUCUUAUUUAUUUUUGUGGUGAGAGAAAAAAUGGACAAAAUCUAGAGUGCGAAUCAGUGCAAAAGGACAAUGAGAGACAUGUGAUGCUGAGGAGUUGUGUGACAUAUUCAGUGUGACUCCCCUUGUACCCAAAAGACUGCCCAGAAGCGCCAUAAAUUUGCUCGAACAAUUUUUUCAAUGAAAGAAAAGUGUGUGUUCUUGUGACGGAAAACGAAGUGAGCAAAAAUUCGUUCGACUUUUUUCUGCGUCUCCACUGAGAGGCUGUGUGGUGUUUCGCAUCCUUCCUGGCCACCAGCAACAGGGCAUACACGGCAUCCUGCUGGUCGUCCAGUCGUCCCUGCGACAGAGGCGUCAAAAUCGCGUCGAAGAACGCAGAGAGAAAAGCAAGAAAAAAGAUAUUCAUUGCCCGUAGAAGAGACACACACGGAGAAGACGCAGACGGAAGAACAAAUAUGUGGUGUUGAAUGUUGUGCAAAUUGUGCAUGUGAGCGCUCCCCCGAUUUGCCCAGACCCGCGAGCACGGAGUCGUGCCGUCUGGGAGCAACAACUACUGCGUGAGACGAAUGCCACCCACUGGCCGCAGCACCACCCUCUCGGGAGCAUCACCUGCGAUAGCACAUGACCCCGGGCGCGUCUUGGAGCACGAGGAGGCUGAGCCGAAGGCAUUUCUGACACGAGUUUGGUGCUGGCCAAACGCCUUACAGUGUGUGUGGGUGAUAUGUGACGAAAAUGUCCAAAAAUAGAAUGGAUGACUCCGAGAGAAUGGAGCGCAGAGAAAGGGAUAAACAAGCAAGAGCAAUGCUUUCUGCCCAAGUACCAGAAACAGAAUCAACGCAACUAUUUGCUGCACCGAUUCGAUUGUCCCCGUCCGAGGGUGAUCUUCGGAUCCAGUCGAAAUUGGGUGAUUUCGCCAAGGUGAAGCAUCUGAUGGAGGAUCAGAAGCGUCUGAUUGGUAUCUCUCAGACGCCUCAGACUCCACGACAAUUUCCACCGCAGAGCAGCAAUUCCACCCUGUCUAACCAGUCACAACAACAGCAAUUGGGAGCGAGCAGUAGCAAUAAUAGUUGUGCAACGACGGGACCAGGACCCACAAAUAGUGGCAACAACGGCACAAUCUCAAAUAAUCGCGCCUCCUCGCAUCACUAUCAGCAGCAACCUCCACGGAAUGUGUUCUUGAAGCCAACUGAUAGCAAAUCGGCCUACAAUGGUAGAGGAGUGUACCAGGGACAGUUUCUCAAGCACGACCAGAUCCACUCGAGUGGCAUGGGUGCUGCCAAGGGUCCAGGACCACCUCAACUCGCGUCCCAGCAGCUCAACACCCAACAUCUGCCCAAUGGGCGUCAAAUGAAUGACAAGCAGUCGUCGACUUUGAUGCCAAAUGGUGUACUUAGAGGCACCUUGAAGCCUUCGCGGCUCCCGAUGACCUCCAUUCCGCAGGGAAAUCCUCUGAGCACGCCAACGAGUGUGGGUGAAGUGCGAGACAUCCUCAAGGAGAUGACUGAGACUGUGACACCAGUUACGGGAAUUGCAGCAACUCCCAGGACAGAGUUUGACACGAAGUUUGCAUUUGGUGCUGCAGGGUUGCCUCAAUAUAAGUAUACGGAACUACCUCCACUGUUUACACCUACUGUCAAUCGAAGUUCCUCAAGACCAAAUGAUCUCGGGAAUGAGCCCAAUGUCUCUGACAGUGACGAUGGGGAGCGCAAGAAGCAAACUACCGAGACAAUGUCUCCAAACAAUGAUAAUUCAAGCGAGAGUGAUGAAUCUGCAUCGAGCGGUGAAUCGUCAAGUGAGGAGUCCAAUAACGGCCUGAAAUUAGAACCUGCAAACCAAAAUAGCCCUUCGUCGAAGCUCGAACAGUGGAGUUUGAUACAAUUCGUGAAGCCUCACGUGCAGAAUGACGCGUCACAGCCGUCGACGCAGGAGCCAUCGCCGCAGAUGGCUAUUAAGAAUGAGCGUGAUGAUGAGAAUCAGGUGUUUCACGGUCAGGCGCAUCAUAUAAAGCAGGAGAUGUAUCACAAUGAGCUGGUGGAGGAGAUUCAGGAUCCACCAAUGCAGCAGAGCCAUCACGGAGAGUCAAAUCUGAGGUAUGAUCAGGCGGUGGCGUCGGUGACGAAGAGUCCAUCCAAGAGUCCGGAUCGACGGAGCAAUUCCGAUCCCUUUGAGUCUGAUGAGAUUGAGAGUGUGCUGGCGGAGGUGAAGGAAAUCGCCACGAUCAAGCCCAUCUCGAGUUUCUCGGACACAGAUGAGAAAAUGGCGGAGAAGUGUGUGAAGAAGGUGCGCGAUAAGCGUCGGAGGCGCUCUCAUCAGACCACAACGCCGCACAGUGAUUCCAGUGAUGAUGACGAUGGCUUUGGCAGCACGAAACGGCGGAGCCGGUCGAAGUCCACGGAGAAGGAGAUGAAGCGGGUGCGAGGACGGCUGUCGAAGAAGAAACAACACUAUCUGGCGACAGCAUCGACCAACACUGGACCUAAUGCAGUGACAAACGCAGUGCCUAAAUCAACCCCACCCAAGAAGGAGGCGUCCAAAGGUGGAAGGAAGGUGAUAUCGCGACGUCUGGGUGCACGGAGGAAUUCCGUGGUGAAGAGUCGCGAGAUGCUGGAGACAACGUCAUCGAGUGACAACAGUGAUAACAACAGCGAUGAUGAUGCCUGCAAUGACUCCGAUUCGGUGCCCAGCAAGCCGAUGGCCGUUGGCAAGCAUCAAGUGUCGAGUUUUGUGGCGCUAACGCAGAGUCGUCCACUAUCGCGAGGCCAUCCAAAGCAAUCCAACGACGACAAUUCAUCCAUGUCAUCCACCACCAGUCGAGAGGAGCAUCUUUCGUCACCACGAAGUGCUGCACGUCCUUCAGUGUCGCCCGGCAAUCGCUUAGUGUCGCCCAUUAGUAAACUCUCAUCGUCCUGUGAUGAAAACUCAGAUGCAACUGAUAGCGAUAGUAUUCGUGAAGAGAGGAAAAUCCGAGAUAAGACAAAAAGUGAUAAGAAUAAGAAUGUUACGCUGCGGAAAUUGUUCUCCGGCUUGAAAGGUGAGGGCGGUGCCAAAGGAAAGGGUCAAGUGGUGAUUGUGGAUCACUCAGAGGAUUCUCACAUUCAAUCGAAAGACGACACCUUCGCGUCGGAGAAAUUUCUAUCGCCUUAUUCGGCAAAGUAUGGGUCUGGAAGCGGCAGUAACCAAGUGAGAUCUGGUGAUCCGACGAGACACUUGCUCUGUCGGAUUGACCUGUCGCGCUUGAAGCGGAUACCACACUUGGCGAAUGCUGUGCAGGUGCACAAGAGUCCGCGCAAGAGUAAGCAUCAUGGUGAUCCAAAGAGUCCCGCCACGACGACGUGGAGUCAGUCGCGCGGCGGGAAGAGUUCAAGUGCUGAGGCCGCGAGCAAGGCAUCGGCGAAUCAGGUGGAGAAUGGACGACUGACGGUGGCCUUCGAGAGUGGAGUUGGAGACAAUCAAACAAUUGUGAAUCGUGUCAAUUCGAUGAGUGCAUCAGCGAGCCAAGUUGGACAGUCACCGAAGAAUUUGCCAAAUGAUCACAAGUCAAGCCACAACAAUAACAACAGUAUCAAGAGAGAAUCCAUCAAGUCUGAGUACACGAAUUCUGACAUCACUGGCAGUUCGCCACGGAUUGACGACAAGGGGAGUUUGUAUGCGGGCAAGCUUGGCGCUUUCAAUGGCGGUGGCAUCAAGAGGGAGAAGUUGAGUGAGACAAAGUCUGAUUUCUACACUCCUGGUGCUGCACCAUCGGAGAUUGAUGUGAAGCAGAGCAGUGGCAAAUUGGCUGGUGAAUGUGUGCCCAAAGAGCGGAAGAAGCGUCGAUCGAGCUCAGGCAGUGGCUCCAUCAAGAGUGGCAAGAAGCGAAAGAAUGGAUCGCAGAACGAGCUGAUUCACGAGACGACACCACCCACAAAUCACGAUAGGAUAGAGACUGUGGUGUACAGAGAGGUGGAGAAGAAGAUCUACUACUCAUACUUUGAAUGUACAAAUGAGAGCGACAGCGGCAGGGAGGACAACGUAAAAAUUAAUUGCAGGGGCCAGAGCACGUACUUGCUGGAGGCGCAACGGCUGAAGCAUGCUGCUGACAAGGAGACGGAGCAUUUGGCCCAGGCGAUGACCUAUUUGGAAGCUGUUCUCUACUUUUUACUGACUGGUGAUUCCAUGGAGAAGGAAUCUCUCACGGAGCGAUCGGCUUUCACCAUGUAUAAAGACACCUUGAAGCUCAUAAGGUACAUCUCCUCGAAAUUUCGCAGCCAACAGCAAGUGCACACGAUGCAGGGCAAUAUUCACAGUAAAGUAGCUAUUUUGAGUUUGCGGUGCCAGUCAUUGCUGUAUCUGAAGCUCUAUCGCAUGUGCAAGCCGGAGGUGAGGGAAGUACAAAAGAUUAUUGGGGAGCACACAACAAAGCGCAACGCUGACUUACCGAAUGGAAAUACUCCAUCUCCGAUUUCGCCAUCAACAGCAAUCCAAGGACAAAACAUUGGAGGAACAACUGGUGGUCAAAUGGUGCCUCAUCAGACAUACAAUGCAUUUCAGCGACAAAGCACUUUCCUCCAUUAUUUAGUCAAUUGCCAUGAUUUAUGGGAUCAAGCUGACCUCCUUGUUACGAAAGGGAAUCACACAGAAUUUUUUAUCAACUUGGACCACGAAAAUGGACCCAUGACUCUGCACAGUUCAAUAUCAAGUGCUGUAAAGUAUGUUAAAGCCGGACUGCAGAAAUUGAGACAGACGUGUCAAGUAUGAAACUUUUUCUUAUCCAUAUCUCAGAAUAGUUCUCCUCUUUUAUUAUUCUACUGAAAAUAUUGGUAGUUUUAGUGGUGUUUUAUUUUUAUACCAUUUAAAUGUCGGUGAAACGGAGAGGAAUGAGAAGUAACACAGAGUGCAUGAGUUUUUUCGUGCCGAAUUAAAAUGAUGAAUUAUUGAGCAUCACUUAAUGGACUUUUUACAAUGAAGUUGAUGAUGAAGAAGAAGAAGAAGAAGAAGAGAAAAAGAAAAGACAAGAAUCCGGCAGAGCUGUGGGAUAAUUGCAUAAGCAAUUGUAUGUACAGGAGGUGAAAGAUGAAGAGAUAGACAUAGAAUAUUAUUUUUUGUUAUAAUUUAUUUCAUUAUUUAAAUGAAAGGAAAACUCAAACUUUUUUUUGUAUAUUAAUUGUAUAGAUUACAAAAUAAUUAUUGUUUAGUAAAUAUAUAAAAGAAAUGAGGAAACGAUUAGGUACUUUCUCAGAAGAUAGGAAUAGGAAGACGAAUGGAAGACAAGCAAGAAGUUAUAUAUAGAGGUAAACUAUUUAAAAUGGAGUCAUUUGAAGUGAAUUUCUCUGUAAAUAUUACUUUGAUAUUGCAACUAUAUACAUAUGGCUUAUGUAUAAACAUUUUUGCAACCUUAGUUUAUCGAAUUUUUACAGUAGGUCUUACUUAAUUUACAUAAACAUAUAUUUUUUCGUUUUUUUUUUAGAAAUGAGAACAGCAGUAAUAAUGUGACAGAAUAGUUAGAAAUUUUGGGUGGGGAGAAAAUGAAGAUGUUUGCAAUGAAAUAUUUGAAUCAAAAGUUGUUAUCAAAAGCGUCUGCUUUGUUGGAAGAUGAGAAAAAAAAAGUGAAAAAAUACAGAAAUUCAAAUUGAUCUUAAGAUUUAUGUGACUAUCGUCAGCCUAUCAUUUAAUUUACCAUUUUCAAUUUGAUUUUUUGCCUGAUGCAAGAUUAGUUUGAUGACAGGCGAGGGUUGGAGACAAUAAAUCAAAGAUAUCUAUAUUGAAUUUUGCCGUGAAGAAAUUCGACGAUGCGACAAGCAGAAAGAGGUGAUUACAUUUAACGCAACACAGUCCAUACGUUAACUAAUUUUACCUCUAAAUGUGUGUUUUAUUAAAAGAAACAAAAAGUAAAACAAAUCGAUAAGGAAAACAUGUGAAGAAGAACGAUCAUCCUUUGUAUUUAUACUACAGCAAUGGGGAAUAUUUUCUACUGAUUCUAACUCUGCAAAUGUUGCUCAUUAUAGCGAAGUGAUUGUUUGACAUAGGGAUGCAAUUUUUGUAUUGUUCAAUUAUAAAAGAAGAGUAAAUAAAGGAAAUCUUUUUCUACUACCAUAAAUGAACCACAAAGCGCCACUUACAGUGAAUCCUUACAUACCGCGAGAGUGAGAAUAAGAAAAAAAAAAUGGUAAUUACUAAAUAGGAAUAUAUAGUGAUGACAUUCUAACAAUAGUCAUAAUAUUAGUUCUGGAGGAGGAUAUAAAAUGGGAAUAGACCAGAAAAUGUUACUUGUUACGAAGAUUUUUCAUUGUUAAUCCUACAUUUUUCUCUCUUUGCGCUUUCUAUUUUCUCUUAACCUUACUUUCUUGUGAAAUUAUCAAUCCUUAUUAUAUAUACAUAUAUUUUUUUAUAUUUUGCUGUAACGUACAAUUACUAACUUUGUCCGUUUAUAACUAUAACAUGUGUUUUUUUUUUGUUUGUCAUAAAGAUAAUCUUACUCUUUUGAUGUAGCUUGAUGCGGGACCAAAAUAUUUUUUCAACCAACUUCGAGUUAUGGUUUUUUUGUGGAAUUUUCUUUCUUUUCCCCCAGCAAAACAAUAUUUUUGAAGAAACAAAAAAAAAACUACUAAAUGAUACCUUAAUAACUUAAUGACUAAACGUAGAAAUCCCUUAUCUCAGAAUGAGAAAACUACCAACACACUAUAAUAGGAAAAAAAAGAGCGUUGACAAGAUUGCAACAGUUAAUCAAACACCAAUAACUUGGUAUGAGUAAACAAAGAUGUAAAGAGUUUCUCUAUUAGAGGAUAUUGUUAAUAGUGAAGUAAAUUAUUAUGAAAGCAAAGACGGUCAAUGGGAAGACGAUGUAGGGAGAGGAGAGCAGAUGAAACGACGUGUAAAUGAUAGUUAUAACUUUUAUAUUAAAGAUUGACAUACAACACAAAGCGCGGAUUAAGUGAGGAGUAAGACCUUAAGAAGUAAAUGCAUUAAAUUAAUACUAGAGUAGGACUAAUUUACACUCUACUAAGGCAAUUGAUUGAAUGUAAAUUGAACAAAUAAGCAACAAUAUAUUGUAAAGUUAAAUGAAAAGUGGGGAACGAGAAAUG